AGGCAGCACCGGUCCCACACGCAGAGGACCGAUGAAGAGUUGUAAUGUGGGGGAUUUCAAACCUGCUCGGCUGCGUUUUGCAAGUAGUUUUGGAAAUGAAGAUACACAGCCUAAAAGAAUGAAAACAAUUUCUUUAUUAGGAUGUGACAGCCAAGUUGACACUUAACUCUUCCUCCGAUACUGUCUUCAAAAUAUUUUGUCAGGUAUACGCGACUGAAGAAGCCAUGGAACCGAUAACGAAGUGGACCCCAAAGCAAGUUGUAGACUGGAUGAAAGGUUUGGAUGAAAGCUUACAGCAGUACGUGAGCAACUUUGAGAGGGAGAAAAUCAGUGGAGAGCAGUUAUUGAAGAUCACGCAUCAAGAUUUGGAAGAACUGGGUGUGGCAAGAAUUGGACAUCAGGAGCUGGUGUUGGAGGCUGUUGAUCUUCUCUGUGCUCUGAACUGUGGGGUGGAGACUGACAACUUGAAGACCCUAGUGGUGAGGAUGAGAGCAGCCGCCAACAGUCUCCACAUGGCCACAUCUGAUCGCAGAAAGAGCCCAGUGUAUGACGGCAGUGCUUCACGCAAGCCACCCAAUGACUUUCUCACGUGUGUGGUGGAGCUCAUUGGUGCUGCAAAGAGUCUCCUGGCUUGGCUUGACCGGACGCCUCUCACAGGGAUCAGUGACUUCACAGCCACCAAGAACAAGAUCAUUCAGCUUUGCCUGGAGCUCACCACCACCGUUCAACAGGAAUGCUGUGUUUAUGAGAUGGAAGAAAAAAUCCUGGAAGUAUCAAAAAUUUUGAACAACAUCUGUGAUCAGACUGUAAGAACCACCUCUGACCCCCUGAUGAGCCAGUCCGCCUGCUUGGAGGAAGUCCAGCUGGCCAAUAUCAAACCGGGUGAAGGACUGGGAAUGUAUAUUAAGUCGACAUAUGAUGGCUUACACGUCAUCACCGGAACCACGGAACAUUCCCCUGCUGACCUAACCAGGAAGAUCCAUGCUGGUGACGAAGUGAUUCAAGUCAAUCAACAGACAGUGGUCGGUUGGCAGCUGAAAAACCUGGUGAUGAAACUAAGGGAGGAUCCCAAAGGUGUGUUCCUCCUCUUAAAGAAGCGACCCACAGGAACAACGGGUUUUAACCCCACUCCUCUCAAGAAUAUGCGCUGGAAGCCUCCUGUACCUCAGAACAAUUCCUGUUUGAUCCGCGCCCAGCCCCCAGGCAGCUCAGCUAAUGGAUCAACCAAAAAGGAGAAACCGGCGAUCCUUGAUUUUUACAUCCCGCCUCCCCCUCAGAUGCCGUACACGCCGAGAGAGGGACGAACCGACGCCUUUUCUAGUUUUAGUAAAAGGGCAAACGGCUCAGAGUCGCCCAACUCCUUCCUGGAUCAGGAGAGUAGGAAACGCUGCACCAUCGCAGAUUAUGACGCCAAUGGGAUUCAACCCAGAAUGAGGGAGCGCAAGCCUUCUCGUGGUAAGCCUCGGCCUAUCUCCAUGCCUGUGGAUACUUGUGUUGCAAUUGUUGAUCCCUUUGCUAAGCCAUGGACACAGAACAGGAAAGGUGAUGACCUCCUGUUCAGAUACCUGAGCAAUGAGAGGAUCCCCACCAUAGCCGAGGAAGUGGCGUCAGCGUCUCCGCCCACCUACCUCCCGACCGGGGAACAUCGGCUAGUCAGAGUUGACCACAUCCGAGGCAGCCGCUACUACUCCAACUCCGACCUCCACAACAGCGCCACCAUCCCCUACCAGGAGGACGUCAAGAAAUCCUCCGUAGCUGCAAUGUCCAAGCGCACAACGCCCGAACGUUCGCUACUGGGACCCGACUGGCACCAUAGCAGAGACUUCCUCAAUCGGUAUAAUCAACCAAAUAUACGAUCCUGGUCCUUCUCUCAAGCUGCUGCCUUCCCCAUAUCUGUGUCACCCUCCAUGGCUGCUGACGAUUACAACCCAGUCUCCCUGCGCCACAAGUCCAAGAAGAAGAGCCGAACCGGCAAUGGUGCAAUGAGCAGGCGGCGGGUGUCAGUCAAAGAGCUGGGUCAGCCCGACCACCAGGGUUGGUUGUACAAGAAGAAAGAGAGCAAAGGCUUCCUGGGUAUGAAAUGGAAGAAGUUCUGGUUCGUCCUGAAGAAAACAGCGUUAUAUUGGUACACAAACCAGCUGGCGGAGAAAGCCGAGGGCUACAUUGACCUCGCCAACUUCAUGAUCGACCGAGCCAUCGAGUGCAAGAAGAAACAUGCAUUCAAAGCCUGCCACCCACAAGUUAUGAUGUUUUAUUUUGCUGCUGAGAACCACGAAGAAAUGAACAUAUGGCUGAACAAGCUCGGGCUUGCCUCCAUUCAUUAUGAGCCCACGGAACAAAACACAGCAGCUGAGUGUUACAGUGAGGCCAGUGACCAUGAAGAUGCAGAAACCACAGAUAUACCUCCACCGCCAUACUGUGAGCAGACCCAGCGGGACUCCGUGGCUCCGUCUGGUCCACCUGGUAGCACACAUCAGGGCACUCUUCCUCCACCGUACACGCCGACGGUCCCUAGCGAAGGAAACGGCUCACAUUCCUCGCCUCCCAGUACGAUGACAUCACACAGCUCGUCCGCCUCGUCUCUCUCCAAACAGCGCCAGUCCUGGUUGGACCUGGUGGCACAGGUGUCUUCUGCUUCUUCAGGCGAAGCGCCGGCGGUGUGCUCGGUCCAGGUGCACUUGCAUCAACAUCCGCCUGAGGAGGACGAGGAGGAGGUGGAGAGUUUGGCUCCUCUGGAGUUGGCUGAAACAGGGUUCACCGAGGAAGGUGCAGCAAACAUGGAGGCUUCAGGUGUGGUGGACAAAGGUGAUUACGGCAACACCGCCGAUGAGAUGGAGAAACUGUAUAUCCACCUGAAGGAGGCCAGCCUGUCGCCUAUAGGAGACCGCAAACCAUCCACCAAACGGGAAUUCAGGGCAUCCUUCGUGAAACGUUGCAAAAACCAAACUGUCAAUGACAAACUGCAUCUCGUCAGGACACUGACCAGCACCUUAAAGUCAAAACAGGCAGACCUACAGGCACUAGAGCAGGUGCUGUCAGACACUGAGCUGACUUCGGUCAGGUUCAGAGAAUGGAAGGAAGCCAACGGGCCUUUGGUGCAAGAGAUCCAUGUCCCAAACGACCAACAUGUGGAGUCAGAGGCCUCUCAAGAUGGCGCAAUGGCCAUUGCUGCUCCUGUGGCUGAGUCCAGUUUGUAAAGACUCCCCUGUGUCCCGCUACUGACUUUUCUUACACACACCUGUACAUACACACUGCUGUUAAAUUUUAAAGUGGUACUACUGUGGACUUUUACGAUCUUCAAUGAAAACUUUUUAUUUUUUACUUCUAUAUAGAAUCUGUACAGCCAUUUUCUAACUAGCGGGUCACAUUACAAUGUGAAAUGCAUCCUAGUAUUACUUUUACCAUUUGUAAGAUUAGCAUCUUUUGCAGGGUAUUCCUUUUAUUUGUUUGCCGUUUGUGAAAGAUGGAGUAUGUCGCAUUGCUCUCUACAUGGAAACACUUGUUUUUGUUUUGUUGUAGGUGUGAGCUAUUUAGAUGGCGUCAGUAUUGGAUAUCAUGUAUGUCAUUCACUGCUUUCAGUUUCGUAUGGGUGCCAUGCACCUCCAAUGCCUGUUACACCUUUUGAACAAACUUGAGAAGGAUCUCUACUGAACUUCAGUCUGCAAGAGCUGAGUAGUUAUCAUAAAUCACAAAUUUUCACAUUUGUUUGAAUUUCUUUUCGAUGAUGUAAAGCAGAACAUUUUGUUUUACAUUCUCAUUUAAAAUGCCUGUAAGUAAAAUGGCUCAUUUUAACUGCUGUAAAUUAAACCAAACACAAAAAUGUGAA